AUGGCACAUAACAACCAUUUCUUCUUCAAGAAUCUCCGCACCGACCUGCAAUCACAGGAACAGGACAUUCCCGACGAAGAAAAAAUCCCCCACCUAUUAAGGUACGAGCUAUCAAAGCAAUUCAGUUCGAUCAAAACACUCCGUCGCGAAUUUCUUGUCACAGCAAUGGCCAUGUUUGGGCCCGGAUUCGUGUGGUUGGUCAAGAAUGCGCAGUCGACCGAAUUGCGCAUUCUGACGACUUACUUGGCGGGGAGCCCGUAUACGGCAGCGCACUGGCGCCGCCAGGGUCUCGACAUGAACACACAGCCCAUUAGUGCAAAUAGUCCGGCCAAGAGCUUUGUAGAACGCAGCCAGACGGCGGCCGGCGGAGACACUGGUGCCAGAUUUGUACCCUACAACCAGACCGCGCCGGGUGGCACCGACGUCAUCCCUCUCUUAUGUCUAAAUACGUGGGAACAUGUGUGGCUACGAGAUUACGGUAUCGGUGCCGGUGGCGUAGGAGGAAAGAGGCAGUUCGUUGAGAACUGGUGGAAUGUCAUCAACUGGACCAAUGUCGAGAGUGCAGCAAGCAUCAAUAGGCCCGAGCCCAAGACAUGA